CACGUAUUCCAGUUUCAGGGUUGUUUCUGGCACGGAUACAGAUCGCUGAAUGAGAACCCGCUGGUAUCGCAGGCACCGCUCGAACCCCGCGAUGCUUUCUUCGGUGGCCGUACAGGUAAUACUGUCAGUUUUUAUGAAGUCGAGGGGUCUGAGAGGAUACACUACGUAGAUGUGUGUUCGCUGUCUCCUUUCAUUUCGAAAACGGGGAAAUUCCCUGUAGGGCACCCUACGGUGUACGUGGGCGAUGACUGUCGCGAAUUAACGGGUGAUCGCCACAACAUCGAUAACGUGGAGGGCUUGAUUAAGUGUGUGGUGUUACCACCGCGAGAUCUGUAUCAUCCCGUGUUACCGGUGCGUAUGCACGGUGAACUGCUCUUUGCACUGUGUCGUUCCUGUGCAGAGGCCACGCUACAGGGGUCGUGUCCUCACGAGAAUCCCGCGGACAGGGUAUUCGAAGGGACCUGGGUCGUGGACGAGGUCAAGCGCGCCGUACGUAAGGGGUACGAAAUAACGUUGAUACACGAAAUAUGGCAGUAUGAAAUUACCCAGUACGACCCAGCGACACGGACGGGUGGUCACUUUGCCGAUUACAUAAACACGUUUCUAAAGAUUAAGCAGGAAGCUAGUGGCUGGCCGCGCGAGUGUGGCGACGACGACGAGGCCAAGAAGUUGUAUAUAGAGGAGUACGAUCGGGUCGAGGGUAUUCGUCUGGACCCUGGUAAUGUAAAAUCAAAUCCCGGUCUGCGGUCAGUCGCAAAGUUAUGUUUGAAUUCCUUUUGGGGCAAGUUUGGGCAACGCGAAAAUCUGCCAAAGACGGAAAUUGUAACGACUCGUCAAAAGCUCGUGAGUCUGCUUACGUGUCCGGAGGUCGAGAUUACAGGUAUUCUGCCCGUAGAUGACGAGAUGCUCUAUGUCAGUACGCGUAAUACGAGCGACUCAUUGAUACCCACAGCAUACACAAACGUUGUUAUAGCUGGGUAUACCACGACUCAGGCGCGUCUGAAAUUGUACGACUACCUCGAGGCAUUAGAUAGACGCGUUCUAUAUUACGACACCGACUCGUGUAUAUACGUAUCGGGUGGCCGUCACGUCGAUAACACCUACGAGCCGCCGCUCGGUAGCCUUUUGGGCGAUUUAAAGGACGAGCUGGAGUCGUACGGCGCUGGUAGCUAUAUCACGUCUUUUGUUUCGGGAGGUCCGAAAUUUUACGCGUACCGUGUGCGCAAGCAAGACGGUUCUUACGCUGAGGUCUGUAAGGUCAAAGGUAUCACGAUCAACCACGCGACGAGUCUGGUCAUUAACUACAACUGGAUACGGUCUUAUGUAACGGGAGAGACCGACGAGCCUGUCGCUUUACGCUAUGACGCGAUACGGCGUACCCCGUUUCACGACGUAGUGACACGCGUAGAAGCAAAAACGUGUAAACCGACAGAGCUUCAAAAACGGCGACGCGACGGUCGUUUCGGAUCUUUACCAUACGGUUUCAUGUAAUUAAUAUUACAAACAAAACUUGUAUAAAUAUAUAUAUGACCACCCUUGUACAAUGAUAAUAAUAAUAAUAAUAAAACAUAUUUAUUUGAAAAACAAAA